AUGCCACAAUUAAAGAGUUUUGGAAAUCUCAGCCUGGAAAACAAAACGAUUGCCGUUAUAGGCGGUGGGGUUACAGGGCUGAUCCUUGGUUUGGCAGCGUUGAGGGAUGGGUACAGAGUUGAUGUCUUCGAGCGAAGUGACUCUAUUACCGAUGUUGGAGCUGGAAUCUCUUUCGAUAUUAAUGCUGCCAAGGUCUUUGAGUCUCUGGGGUUAGGGGAUGUUAUUGACAGAAUCUCCUAUAGGUCAAAAACUUCGACUUAUCGAACUCACGACACCAACAAGCUGAAGUUGUUUUUGGAUUACAGUAAUACAUCUGGGAAAGUGAUGUGCCUGCGAGCGGAAUUCGUUCGAGAAGUUGCAGGUCUUUUGCCAAAAGACCAACUGCAUUUAGGUAAAAAGUUUGAAUCUUUGCAACAGCACCACAAAUUGGUUACCAUCCGUUUCAAAGACGGGUCUUCAUACGCAGCGGAUUUAGUUAUUGGCGCCGAUGAAAGCACUCCUGUUUUUAGCCAUCAAGUGAUGUACAGAGAUGUUUUAAAUCUUUCCAAGGUAACUGAUCUUGAUCCAGAGCUACUAAACAGUACUAUCAUUCCUGCGCCUGGAGACAAACAUGUUGUCCUAUUUCCACUGAAGAAGGGUACGCUUUUGGCGGUAGCUGCAAUUAUAAGAAUUGACCAUGAUGAAGGCUGGGAGGAAUCAUGGCUUUAG